AUGGCGGAGUUGUCUUUGGAAUUGGCCGAUGGGUCACUGCUCACGGGCAAGACCUAUCUCAAGCUCCAGCCCGCGUUGGAGCUUUCGUCCCCCGCUGUGCCAUUGCUCGUUCUAGUGCAUGGCGGUGGCUGUACGUGCGAUUUCUUCGACGCCGGUUCGAAACAUUCGGUGCGUCGUUUCAGCGAAGUCUUGGGCGUCCCAGUGGUCACCAUCAACCGACCGGCUUACGGCGGGACUUUGCCCCUCGCGGACGAUAAAGCAGACAAAUUGAGCACCUUCAUCCAACGCCAUGGUCGAUGGUUGCAUGAGCUGGCCCUUCCGGCGAUAUGGAAGGAGUACUCUGCCCCGUUGAACGUCUCUUCAAUCGUGCUAUACGGCGAAUCGAUCGGUGGCGCCGUGUGCACCGUCGCGGCGGGCAUUCACGCGAAAGACCCAGCCCGAUAUAAGCUUGCCGGCUUGGUUCUCUCGGCUAUGGGUUCUGCGCCGAAGACCGAGCCCCUCAAGCCGUUGUUUGAGGACGAAAGCAUGAAGGGGAAGCAGUUGUCGAUUCCGCGGGAAUUAUUGACAUCGCUUGCUGUUGCGGACGACCAGAAAGUGGCAAAUCCCGCGGUUUGGAAUGCGAGCACAUGCCACCAUCCCACUCCGGUCGAGGAGAUCUACGACAUCAACAUGCAGUGGCCCACAUAUUGGAGGUCGUACGCCGGGGAUGUUCAAGUCCAGGUCCUCUACUCGAUGGGCGAGUUCGAUAACCUCUGGCAUUUGAGUGCAGAGACCAUGAACGAGUUUACUGACGCCUUCACGUCCUCGCCGUGGGUGGAAAGCAGGCUGAUGAAGAACGCGCCGCACUGCAUUGAGUUUGGCUAUCAGUGCUCCGGGUUUCUGCUGCGCAUGUUUGGAUUCGCACUCGAAUGUGCUGCGUCGAUGUCGAUAGACGAGGAGAGGGACAAAAGGUGA